UCUGGCGAUUUACAACAGGGGUUCGGCUACUUAUGAAAGGGGGCCAGUUUGUGUGUGUUUUCCUUGUCGUCACAAAAUUCUGCAGAGUGGGGAGCGCGAUUCGGUUCUUUACUGAGCCAUUGGAGCUCUCCCAUCUUCAUGAUCCUCGUUGGUAGCGAUGUGUAAGCACCCACCAUACAUGAUGGAGACAGCCCACGGCUUCACGCUGUUUCUACUGUUGGGCCUCACAACAGCAACAGUAACCUCUAUUGCUAGUCCUUCCUCCUCCUCCUCCUCUUCCUCCUCUCCUCCUUCGCCGCCUACUCCAUGGGCCCCUCCCAUCCAUUUGCCAUGGAUGAAUACGACAGACGUCGACGGCCGAUGGCUAGCACCAUACCUCUGGUGGUACGACAACCCCGUGCCUCUGUAUCCCGAUUUUGAAAAGGAAGUCAUUGUAUACGCAGAUCCAAGACGCCCCGACAAAGACGACACGGAUGUGUCGCAACUAAGGCCAGCCACGCCGUACCCGCGGCUAGACAAUGCGAUUGACUGCCUUCAAGGCAGUGGUAUGCUCUUCUACGAUCCCACCCAGAGGCUUGGCCUCACCAUUGACGACCUGAAAAUAGCAACUGCGUGGACCAUCUCGACAUCCAAAUCGCACAGCUAUCCCCGCCGCAGCGGCAGUCUCGGGCUUGGCCAACAAGCCUUCAAAAUCGGUGUUGCUCCCUCACAGCCCCUCAACGCGCUGGCGCCGUCCUCGCCAUAUCUGUCCUCGUUCAGCAUGCAUGUGGGCAGCAGCGUGCUGGGGUCCAACGGGUCCUUCAUAUUCAACGGGUACGACCAAAAACGAGUUGUCGGUGAAGCAGCAGUUUUCAAUAUUACUCCGCGCGCACCGAAGCCGCAGGCCUUGCUUGUCGACAUCGUGCUCGGUGUUGAGAUGGGUGGUUCACCAUUCGAUCCUAGCCUCAAGAUAUCCGACGGACCCAAAAGUGUCUGGCGCAGUGGCACGCCUCACGUAUCCGAUGUAGAUGCCCCUUCGGGAACAAAGCUGGCCGAUCUUACGGCAAACACGGCCUUUAUUACUCUAUCUGACGACAACUGCGACACGAUAGCACAGCAUUUGCCUGUGGAAUGGCGUUCUGAUAUCCAAUUCUACGUCUGGAAGACGUCGUCCCCCCGAUACACGGACCUCAUUGCUUCGCCAGCGUAUUUGGGUUUUGUCCUGAACGACGGUACAAAAGAUACCACCAUCAAAGUACCGUUCCCACUCCUAAAUCAAGUUCUCGAUGCACCGAUUGUCAGCCAGCAGACGCCAUACUUUCCGUGCAAGUCAGGCGACAGGACGAUUCUUGGGAGAGCAUUUCUACAGAGCGCCAUGCUUGCCGUAGAUUACACCCAGAAUAAAACCUACGUUGCGCAAGGCCCUGGACCGAAUGUUGUAGGAGAUUCUACAUUCAACCUACCCGCACCAGGCAAGAAGUUGGAGACAGACUCUUCGUCGUCUUUUGUAAAGUCGUGGUCUGGUCACUGGUCGCCGCUACCGCUGGACUUUGUAGCUCCAACAGAGGACGACGGUCGUCCGGGGAGUCUUGCUGCUGGCGCCAUUGCGGGAAUCGUCGUCGGUGUCAUCGCAGCUGUUGCGAUGGCCUGUGCAGCAGCGUUUGCUGUAUGGCGGCACAAGCGAAAGGCGCGUGCUAGUGAAGAGCUCGAGUCGCAAGGAAGCGAGUCUGCGUCAACGGUGCAAGAGGCAGACUCCGUAUCGCUGAAGAAAAUAGACGAAAAAACCGAAAUAGAUGCCGAGGAGGCGGCCAAGCACGAGCUUGAAGGGUCGGAGCAGCGGCACGAAACCGACGGCCAGCAGAUUGCUGAGCUGGAAGGUUAA